AGCAUAUACGAACAUACGCUCGAGUGGUGGUAGUGGUCGAUCUGUGCUCUCUUGCGAACGAGAUGCCCUACUAUAAGUGAGGAUGCUGCAGCGUCCACCACCGGCGAUAUCACGCUUAUAUCCUUUUCAUCCCGUGUCGUUCGUUAUCUUCGUCUUCGUUGUUGCUGCUGCAGCUGUACUUUGUUUGUGUCAGUGUGGUCCUGUGUUUGCAGCUACACAAGACUUGAACUGUAUCCUGCGACACGAGCUGCAAAAUGCUGUCGCAGAUGAAGAGCAUCACGCUGGGCAAGUUGGAAGGUAAACGCUCCAAGCAGCUCAUGUCAUCGUCCAGCCUAUCGGGCAUGUCGCAACUGUCCAACAGCAGCGAGGAGGCGCUCGAGCCUUAUGUCCACAAGCCUCUGCACAGUAACGACAAAUCCGACAGCACGGCGAAAGACAGAAGCGCACAGUCGAGCGAGUGGCUUUUGAGCGGACCGAGCGGUAACAAAAGCCCGAUACUACGGUUCAAAUGUUCCGCGCUAGCCGAGCCUCCGGAAAAUCCACCUGCAAAGCAGCUGCACAUGACGUACAAAAUCUUCCAGGCAGAUACCAAAUUGAUCAACGUUCUCUUGCAGUCCCACGGCCUAACAGAGGUUUCCAUGAAUGAGCCAACGUUCAACAUUCUAUGGAUGGGCAACCAUCCGAAGCCCGAUGUGCUUCGUAAUCUGCUGCCUUAUCAAAAAGUUAACCACUUUCCAAGAUCUUACGAGAUAACGCGAAAGGACCGUCUGUACAAAAACAUCGAGGCUAUGCAGCGCAGCAAAGGCGUGCGCAAUCUCGACUUUAUUCCGCAGACUUUUUUGCUGCCCAACGAGUCGCGAGAACUACUUACGGCCCACUUUAGGUACAGAGGACCUUGGAUUGUCAAACCUAAAGCCAGUUCGCGUGGACGAGGUAUCUACAUCGUCAAUAGUCCGGAAAAAAUCCUAACGGACGAAUCGGUGAUUGUAGCUCAAUACAUUAAUAAUCCAUUGCUGGUGGACGGUCAUAAGUGCGAUUUACGAUUGUACGUGACGGUGACGAGCUACGAUCCGCUGUUGAUAUACCUUUACGAAGAGGGACUGGUGAGAUUCGCCACAGUAAAAUACGACGGUGGCAAUCAGUACAUUUGGAAUCCAUGUAUGCAUCUCUGCAACUACAGCAUCAACAAGUUCCACGUCGAUUACGUCAAAAGCGAAGAUCCGGACGCAGAGGAUGUCGGUCACAAAUGGACGUUGUCAGCGUUGCUGCGACACUUGCGAUCAAUAGGCCAAGAUACGGAGCUGUUGAUGCAACGCAUCGAGGAUAUUAUCAUCAAGUCCAUCCUGGCAACUGCCUCGGGAAUAAUAAGCGGGAUCAAGCAGUUCGUCAAGCAUCCCGACACCUGCUUCGAGCUGUUUGGCUUCGACAUCCUCAUCGACGACACCCUCAAGCCAUGGCUACUCGAAGUCAACUUAACGCCAUCCCUCGGCUGUGACUCGCCGCUGGACGUGAGAGUGAAGUCGGCUCUGAUCGCGGAUCUGUUGACGCUCGUCGGUGUGCCGGCCAUCGAUCCCAUACUACGCCCGAAAAGUUCGCAUCCGCAUAAAUCUGUCAACCCGGCCAAACGGAUGACUAGCUGUAGAAGAGUUCAUUCGGCAGAGGCUCUCAAUCAGAAGAAGAAGACUGCGACCAAGCCCAGUAUUAAUAAGUCCGGCUUUAGCUCCGAGCAGCUGAGAAUUUUGUCGUCGGCCCGAGCGCAAUUUGCACGCCGGGGUGGAUUUGUUCUAAUAUUUCCUAGUCCCAAGUCCUGGGAAUUGUAUUCGCAAUUUUUAGAUCCGGUCACGGGUAUUCCAGUGGUGACAGAUCCACUUGGCCCCAGCAGAGUACAACAUUCAUCGAGCACAAAUUAUAAUUUAAUGUUGCACGAGCAAUUAUUCCCUGCUGCCAGCCGGUCGGCCGGCUACAUUAUUCCUGAAGUUAAGCUGGAUCGAUUAUCGAGGUUUGAAAGAUACGAAAGAGCUUUGGUCAAAGGACACAAGCAGAGCUUGGACCGAAAUGACAGUAAAGAAAAUAUUGAUAUCGAUACGCAUAAGUACAAAGCUCAAGUCAUGCAGCUCAUGCACGAGGGUAGUAAAUUGAGUCCUGGAGAAGCUAGAAAAGCUUUCGGCUUGUAUUUAGGUUAUAUACUUCGCAAAAUUUCACAACAGAGUCCUGAUCCUGUUUGCUGCGACCUUGUAGCCAAGUUUUUACAGCAAUCGGCGAGUAAUUUACGAACGCCAUUUUCGUUCACAUUGCCAAAUAGUAAAUUGGAUGAUAAAGACAGAGCUGCUGUCACGGCCAAACAGUUGGCGGAUUUCUUGCAUCUGUACAAUAGAGAGACAGAUCUUUAUGCUGAUACUGUUGAUAGACCAAAAACUGUACCAAAUAGACUUUUCCAGAAGUUUUUAUCUGCUGCUAGUCAGGACGAUCUCGACGACGUACUUAUACUUCAAACCAAACUAUGCAACUGUGCCCACACAUUUUUAGGGAGUAGUGGCUUUGCUGGUAAUCUUCGUAGAUCUAACCUUCUUGGCUCAUUGCCACAUAUCACUUCGAGGGUACACAACAACACGAAUUUAUCGGAACAAUGCAAAUGCAAUCAGUUAAACAAUCGACUGAGUAAGGCUUCUAGAGCGUAGUUUUGUGUCUGUCUGGUAUAUGAUUGAAUUUCACAAAUUUCGUCGUAAACGUGUACUUUUAUCGCUAAACUUCAUGAUCACUGAGAGAUACAUGGAAGUUUGUGAGCAAAUUAGUUUAUUAUUGUUUUUAUCAUUAUUUCGUUUGAAAAAAGAAAUUUUAUCGAGUGACCGACGGUCUCUGCAUAGAUUAAUCUAUUUUUAGAUCAAUUUUUGUUUUAAAAAAUUUCGUAUGUGUAAUUUUACUUUUAUAAUUAAUUUUUUGUUUGUUUUUUAUGAUAUCUAAAGAUUUUGUUCGGAUAUUUAACACAAUUCAAAAAGCUCUUCUAGCGUCAUGAAUUACUACACUUUUGGAAGACACUUGAUGGUAAAUUUAAAACUAUUUACUUAUAGUUUCAUCAAUUGAAAAGCUAAGCAUGAGUUAAAGUGCAAAGUAUCAGAAAAGAAAUGCUGGUUGAAUUUCAGCUAAUUAAUGUUCGUUGCAAUCUUCCACAUUUUUUACUCUGAAAAAUAACUUCUUACAUUGCAAUUCAACAUCUGCCUAUUUAAUUAAAAUGAGACAAUAUUUAUGGUACCAUUGUAUUGAUGUCACAUUAGAAAUUUAUCAACAAAACGCUCAAUAAAUGCGUGUAAAAUUGUUUAAUAAAAUAAUUCUUACGGCUGCAAGUCUCUAUAAACGACAUAAUUUAAUAGCGUUUAAUUUUCUUGUAUAACGCAGAAGGUAUUAUAUCGAUUAGUUUGAGCAAGCACAAGAAUUGAAUAAUAAUGAUUUGCGAUCUGCUGAUGUCUUACAUUAUUCGGCAUAUUCCGCUUUCUUAUAUUUCAACUAUAUGAAAAACAAAUUGAUUACACAGUUUUUUAGUAAACAUUUUUCAUGAAAACGUGCACUAAACUUAUCGUUGGAUUGGCUGGUACCAGUUCAGUUAUUUCAGAGUGCAAGUGUAAAAGUUACCUCCAUCCAUUUCAUUCCGUCUAGGUUUUAAGUUGUGCGUUACUUUUUGGCGCUUGAAUAAAAUCUGAGGCAUAUUUUGUACCGUAUUUUACAAUAAAUAAAGCGAUAGCGAUUUGAAAACCUUCGACAACAUUUACAAUUAGCGAAUAAUUGAACAUGUCGUACACGUAAGUUUUGCUGACAUUAAUUAAUACUUUCUACAUUAAAAUUCAUGUCGAAAUCAUUUUUAGCUAAUAUAAUGACACUUCUUUAAACAACUGAACUUUAGGUUCUAGGUUUUUUUUUGUUGUUUCUCUGGUUCUGUGGUUUUGUUUUUUCAAUUUAUAAAAUUUAACGUACUGUGAUAAUGUCAUUCACACUUGUAUUUUAAAUUGUCAGCUUAGUCUAAUGUACAAAUUUAUUGUUUUCGUAGUUCGUCUAAUUAAGUAAAUUGUUUUACAAUCGUAAUUGCGUGAAAACUGUCCGCAUGGUACUAUUUACAUACAAAGCUGUUCUACACAAUUUCACGGCGAUAAUGUAGUAUAUAUCUAACAAGUGUAUUUGAAUAAAUUUUAUGCGAGAACAAAAAAAAAAUCACCAUUGAAAAAACAACGAACACGCUUGGUGAAUUCAUCAAUUAAUAAAAUAUUGCAGGAAAAUAUCGUGUGGAUAAAUAAUCGUGUUCUCUUCUAUUUUGUACGUCGAAAUAAGGAUUCAAUAAUUACAAUAAAGUAUAAUGCUUCCAAGUAUUAGUGAAACAAGCGUUGAAUGCGCUUCAUAAAUGAACUGUGUAAGUAACUUUUAAACGAAACAUUUAUCAUAGUCAGGAGUUCACAAUAAUCAGCUUAAUGUUUACUUGGGCUAGAUAAUUGCGCACUGAAAACAUACACCAUAUGAAAUGUUCUAUCAGUACCUCGCAACAAAGUGCAAUAAUUUGAUACAAGGUUUUAUAAACUCGAGGAGUUUUAACCGUUGAAAAAAACGCUGCGAAAGGUCAAAAUGGAAACAUACGAUAAUUGAUACUAGAAUGUGUAUGCAAAAGUAACAAAUAAGGAAAAAUAGCGAUUUUUUAUUAUGAAUACUUUUUGUAAAUUGUAUGUAAUUGAAAAGGAGCCCUGUUGCGUAAAGUAUACCGCGAAAGUAUGAGCACUGCGAAAUGCGAGUGUUAUUACUUAUUUUUUAUUUUUUUAUUACUUCAAAUUUACUUUAUCAAUUAGCUAUUAAAUAAUCGAGUUUUCAUUACUUUUAUUAUCGAUAAACUAAUUUAUGUAUCUCCUCCGAACCUUUAAAAUAAUCAUUUUUCAUAAUCUUCAUUUUCAAGAGUCUCAUAUAGCUAACUAAUUUAUAUGUUCAAUAUUAAUGUAUGCGAUUAUUUAUGCGAUUAUUUAUGAUCAAUGUUAAUGUAUGCGAUUACUUUUAUGUCCCACGGAAAAUUAAAUCUUAAUGACAUAAAUAAAAAUAGUCUACUAGACUACUAACCUUUGGCAAAUUAUAAAAUAUUUUCACUGCGAUAAUCCAUUUUUCAAAUCAGCUCUGAAAUAAUAGGGUCGGGUUUGUUUGCGUUUUAGAAUGAUGUAAUGUGAAACUGCCCUUGUUAAGUCAUUAAUUUAUUUAUUUUUAUGAACUAUUAACUAUGUGCUUUUUUCACGAAAGUGAGAUAAUUUUUUAAUGUUAUUCUAAUUUAGUAAAGUAAUCGAAGUAUAAUUCAACGGUUUUUCACUCACCAAAUUUGAUAUUGCUUGCGUAUAAAUGCGAUAAAACAAAAUUAAGUCUUGCAAUUUUAAUAUUUAUAUUUCAUGCGUCACUAAGCACUGAAGCUUGAUUUUACAUAACACUAUAUCUAUAAUAAAUUUGUAAGAAAUACGUGCGAAUGGUACUUAAAAAUGACAUAAUGAUGCUAGUAAUGGUGCUGAGUAAUAAAUAUAAAGAUUGCAUCUUGACACAGUAUAGAUGUAGAUGAGAAUCUGUAUCACAAUAGAAAGCUCGUAUAUAUUGAAAAUACCUCAGCACGCGCGGCCUAUUUGUAUGAAAAAGAAAGAAAUUUAGGUAAAACAGCGGAGGUUUUAUUCCAUUUUACCUGUGAUCUUAAAGAGAAAUAUAUUAGAAGUCGCUAGUCAGCAUUUUAAAAAAUUACUUGCGAAGGAAGCGCUGAUUUGAUAUAGUUACAUGACAUUACAGCAAUUAGCGAGUCUCAUUUUAUAAAAGGCUCUGUAGAAUAUUCAGUCGACUAGCUUUAUGAAAUACAAUUGUUCCAAGCGAAGGAAUACAGCUACUGCUUUCAUUUAUUGAACGUUAAUUUGUAUUUCAACUAUCUAUUAUACAAGUUAUUGCAGUUACAAACUUGUAGGAGACGAGUCAAAUAAUAUUUUAAAAGAAAGUUCAGAAAAAUUACUUUUAAGUGUUUAUGCUUUGUUCGUAUAAUUUCAGUAGAAUAUUUUAUUUGUUUAGUGUCCUUCAAAUCAACAUUGUCAACAUAUUAGCCAAGAGAUACUUGCUAGUGACUGUAUUAUUACACUUUUCUGCUGUAUUAUACAUAAUAAUAAUGUGUUUAUGA